AUGUCGAAUGUGGCCACGUUCAAGAUGUUCAAUACGAAGGUGAAAGGUAUCAGAGAGAAAUUGACGGAAUUCUCCAACACCCUCAGUUCCAUUGCGAGAAGAGGAGCCAUCCUGCACGCCGCAACGCGCCUUUCUGAUCAUCUUCAAGUUGUAUUGUUCCUCUUCCGAGAGAAUGCAGCAAGUCUGUUCCCGCAAAAGAUCAAGAUGCGGGAAGAGAACCGCGAAUAUUUCCACCUCAGAGCGACCCUGAAACACGAUAACACCGGCUUCACGUUGGAGUCUAUACCUGUACAGUUGGGCUUCCUUGCGGAGGCUAUCACCGAGUACCAUGAUCGGCUCACGGAAAUCCCCGAACUUCGAUUGGUAGCCAAGGAUGCGCGCUUAAUGCUAUUCAAGCAGGAUCUAGAGUAUUGGCAGGGAUACUGUAAAACACUGAAGGGCCGUUUCCAAGAAUAUGUUGUGCACGUUUACCUCAACGAACUGCUCGGAGAAAUGGAGAUCCAUCUUGACAACCUGACAACAAUGCUCAAUACAUUGUGCAAGGUCACUUUGCCCCGUUUGAAUACUGCGAAGGGCGAACAAAAUAAUUACUUGGUCGCUCUCACCGCUGUCGCAACUCUAUUUGCAAGCAUUGCGGCCACAACCUUGUCGCUUUCUUCUGGACAGCAUGGUACUUUACUCUGGGAUUUCGUCAACGCCUUCUGGUUUUCUUCCUUGGUGCUCAGCAUCGUCUCAGUAGUCAUCAGCCUAGUUGGCCUGGUAUGGAAUGAAGACCUGUGCCUAUAUCCGGAGCAACGCUUUCCUCGGUGGAUAUCCUCCGGUUUAAGGAGUUUUCCGAUGUUUCUCCUCGUCGUUGCUGUGCUCGCGUUCUCAGCAGGACUUGUGCUCUUCGGGUUCUCGUCCCAUCAGCAUGUUGCCACAUCUAGCUUGACACUAGGCUUUACUUGCAUCAGUGCCGUGAUUCUGCUGGCCCUGGUAAUAUUGUUUGCCAUUGAGGACAACAGGUUCAAAGGCAACACGGAACGGAGCACAAAGCACACAUUGUUUGACCCGUUUCUGGCUCCCAUCGGUGCUUUUCAUGACAUACGUCGUCGCAUUGGGGAUGUCCCAAGCGCUGAGAAUAGCGACGCCACUACGGAAAGUACGCCACCAAAUCAACUCGCAGGACGUGAACAUAGGAGCAUAGGCAAGUCGUUAUUUGCCUUGGGAUCAGGCAUCACGCGAGUUAUGGCUAUGGCUAUACCGCCUCCAGACGACCCCUCCUUCCCUUGCCGUGAGGUCGAUAUAGACCUGGAAGUUGAAGCGUACGACAGUGUGUCGGCGGACUCCCGCAGCAGUACCUCCCAUGGCCUUAAGAAUAUCAGCCCGGAGUUCAAACGCAUCGUCGGGCACAACAUCCCGUUGCCGCAAAGCUCUGUGGCCCCAGCUGAUAUCCAAUUUCUCAUGAUAGGGAGUUAUCUUGCGUCUUCUGGCUGGGACAAGCGCGUUCGUAUAUGGAACGUGAAAUGGAACGACGAAAGUAAGGCUCAGGGUAAAGAUGACGUAAAGCCGUAUUUCAGGCAAAUUGCGGAGAUGCAAGACCCUCCAAAGCGCACAAUAGAGUCGCCAAAUGCACUAGUAUCUGCGGAAGGGUUCGUGUUGCAGACUGUCAUCCUCUGGGAAGCGACUCCUGUCAAGAUCCUGUACUGGUGUAUCUCUGUGGGACACGAUCUGUACGACUCAAGGAUGAAAAGAUCAAUGCCCGCUGUCCCGACGCUCACGGACAUUUCCAAUGUGGUUGUCAACAAGGAGGGUACUCUCCUCUUAGUGAACCACGAUGGCAGGCCCCCUCAGCUUUUCGACGUAACUCUGAAGGCUAGCGAACCUGUGAUUAUCCCUCGCCUUCCAUAUGCUGCUGAGGCACGCUUCACCGGUCGUGGCGCAUUCUGGGGGCGGAACGACGAAUACGUUUUACGCGGUGAUAGAGAUGGAAAUAUACACGUCUGGGACACGGAGACGGGCCAGCAUAAGCAUACCUUCCUCGCCGACAAAUUGAAAUAUGUCAAAAAUCGGAAAUAUGGCGCCAGAUACCCGCACUUCGACUCCGACCAAAACGCCUCUGCCGUACCGCCGUACCUCUUCGGGAGCUCACUCGCGUCCACGAAUGGCAGCAUCUCCUUCCCGAUGGCCUUUGACCUGCUGCCUACAACGCGCAUCUUGGCGAGCUCGCUGCUCGCGACGUCGUCGAUCUCGACGUGUAGCGUGCGGAUGGGCGCGGGGAAGGUCGGCGCGGUCCGGAGCACGGAGACGACGUGGCUGAUCCCGAGUCGGGCGAGCUCGCUGUCGUCGAGGGCCGUGAGGAAGUCCGAGAGGAAGUCCGAGAGGUAG